AUGGAGGGAGAAGAGCAGAAGCUCCCCUAUGUGUAUGCAGCGGAGGACAGGCAUCUAGAUGAUGAUGGGCUGCCACAUGGAUUCUGUACAGUCACCUAUUCAUCAACAGACAGAUUUGAGGGAAACUUUGUGCAUGGAGAAAAGAAUGGCCGCGGCAAGUUCUUCUUUUUUGAUGGAAGCACCCUGGAAGGGUACUAUGUUGAUGAUGCCCUGCAAGGCCAAGGAAUCUACACUUACGAGGAUGGAGUGGUCCUUCAUGGCACAUAUGUGGAUGGAGAGCUGAACGGACCAGCCCAGGAGUAUGACAGUGAUGGGCGGCUGAUAUUCAAAGGGCAGUAUAAAGACAACAUUCGACAUGGAGUUUGUUGGAUUUAUUACCCGGAUGGGGGCAGCCUUGUGGGAGAAGUGAAUGAAGAAGGGGAGAUGACUGGAGAGAAAAUAGCCUACGUGUACCCUGAUGGAAAGACUGCAUAUUCCGGAAGGUUCAUAGAUGGAGAAAUGAUAGAAGCAAAACUGGCAACUCUGACAUCUCUGGAGGAUGGGAAACCUCAGUUUGAAGUAGUACCAGGCAGCCCAGUGUACAGUUUUGACAAAUCUACUUCAUCCUGUAUUUCUACAAAUGCACUUCUUCCUGAUCCUUAUGAGUCAGAGAGGGUGUAUGUUGAUGUCUCUCUCAUUUCCAGUGCUGGAGAAGGAUUAUUUUCGAAAAUAGCAGCAGAAGCCAGUACAGUUAUGUCCUUUUACAACGGAGUGCGAAUUACACACCAGGAGGUAGACAGCAGAGACUGGGCCCUCAAUGGAAAUACAAUAUCCCUGGAUGACGAAACAGUUAUAGAUGUGCCAGAGCCCUACAACCACGCCGCCAAGUAUUGUGCCUCGCUGGGGCAUAAGGCCAACCAUUCUUUCACUCCGAACUGCAUCUACGACCCGUUUGUUCAUCCUCGUUUUGGGCCCAUCAAGUGUAUCCGUACCAUCAGGGCUGUGGAGAAGGAUGAAGAAUUAACGGUGGCUUACGGAUACGACCACAACCCCGUUGGGCAAAACGGGCCAGAAGCACCGGAGUGGUACCAGCUGGAACUGAAAGCUUUCCAGGCUGCCCAGCAAAAGUGAAACGGGAGCUCUUUCUCCAUUCAGCAAACUGAAAUAGAAACUUGGAUCUAUGCACUACCUUUAUACUGAAAACUGGACAACCAGGGAUUGUUCAUGCCGUUGCAUCAUAACUUUGCAUUCUGUGUUAAGAGAUAAGUUUCUUGCAUACUAACUAGGUUUGACUGUGUUACUCAUAGCAGGUUUAAAAUUAGCUAGCGUUGCACCAGUCUUAUCUGGAGAAAUUAUUUAAUAUUCUAUACGAGACGUGAUAUUCUUUGGUAGCUUCUGCUUUUGCACCAUAUGCAAAGAUGCCAAAAGACUAGACAGAAAACUAAAAUGGGUAUAUCGUUCACUUUUAGUCGGCAGACUUAGUGUUGCGCUCUAUCUGCCUAGGCAUUAUUGUGCAACUGCAUUUUGCAUAUAUGCCACUUGUGAUGAUAACAGUAAUAUUUUGAUAUUCUCUAAUAGUAGCAUAAUUUUGCCUUUUUAAACCUUUGAUCUGAAUCUUGCAAUAGAGCAGUUUAUUUAUUAGCAUAUAGGAGGCUGGGUUUUAACUCCCCUUUCCUCUUGUCUGAACGUUGUUCUUUCUACAAAUCCUCUUUUGCAGGAGAAAAUCCUUUCUAACUAGUGGAAAGGCUUGUGUGUGUACGUGAGAGUGCUGUGUGUUGGUCUCUGUGGCUCUCUAAAUAGUAUAGCAACAUGUCCAAACCUAAUAUUUAUCUAGCCUUUAUGGCUGGCUUAUAUUAUUUAAUUUAUGGUUAUGACACGCAAAUGAAGCUGUCCUUUGCAUGAAGAUUUUCUGAAAGGAGAAAACAGAUUCGCUUUUGGAAGGACUUUCAGAAGUACGUGUUCUGGAAGGCAAGCACCUUACUUGCAUUUAGUGUCCGUGAGUUGGUUUGUGUAUUUCGCCUGUUAAAGCGGCCAGUUCUCAAGGCAAAAGUUCUAGCAAAGAGAUGCUUGCACCUCACGUGAAUUCUCUUGAAGGAGGUGUAUGUAUUUGAGGGCAGGCUGUAGUACUUGGUGAAGGAGAGCUGUAUCUUUUGUACAUGUUCAGUUGACAAAGAAUAUAGCCUUAUAGCCGUCUUUUAGUAGUACUGGUUUAAGACACAGUAAAUUAAUAUAGUAUGAGAUAUCAAAAUAAGAUUUAAAAAAAAAAAAAAAGAUGUGAAAAGAUUGUUUUUGAAAGACAAACAAUGAAUGUAAAAACAUCGCUCACUGCUCAUAUUUAGAAACAGCCGUCAAUCCAUAGCUUUGUUGCAGCCAACAGUGGGGGCUUGUGACUAUUCACCUGCAGGGCUGUGUUCUGGGGUUUUUCAGGGGUAGGGAAGCGGUCGUGCAUUUUUUUCAGAUACUGUACUGGUCUUGCCUAAUGCUGUAUAAGAGAGAAAUAACGUAUCAUCUCGGUCUGGAUACUGGAGCCCUUCUGGGACUCCGAUGCUCUCUUUUUGGGUUUAGCAGCUUAGGAAAAACUCAAAUGCAUUUGCAACACUUUCUUUAGAUGUUUGUAGUUUUAAAAAAAAAGCUUGUAUAUAUGUAACAUAAAUGAUUUGGAAAUCAGACCUACCUUUCUAUUGCAACACAUUUCAGUUGGUUGCUUGAACGGUUGGAGGUGUCUGGCUGGCUGGGGAGCUAGGCAUGGAGAAUGUGUUGGGUUGGUACCUGCAAGUGGAAGGAUGAGGUUGCUGUUUUGUGCAGUCUGAGAAUCCUUGCUUUGGUACCUGUACAAAGUUAGGAAUCAUUAAUUCCUAACCUAACCUGGGGCUCUCUUUAGUCCCUGUGACAGAUCGCAAACCUUUUCUAGCACAUCACCAUUUAAGCUUGCACAAAAGCUACUCUGUGCAUGUGCUGGGGCGGGGGGGAAGUAGGCUCAGGGCUUUUUGAUGCUCUUCCAGCAGUGAUCGGAAUGUGAGCUUUGAUACCACCCAUCUCCUUGCGCUUUAGACUCGGGCCACAGCUUCACUUCUUGUCCAUGGCUCAGGGACUCGGCUGAGUGUGCAGAGACAGAACUGAGCCUCACAGGUGAGGGAGAGUCGUCAAAGGCUGAUUGGCAGCGUGGCUUCAGCAAAUUAACCUCAAAAAGAAAUAUGCAUGUCUUGAUCUUCCCUUGCCUGCCCACAGGUCAUUGUUUUAGAUCAUUGCUGUUUCAGCCGUUUGCAGAAAAGCAUGCCUCUCUGGAAGGAAGCUGUUGCGUGCAUCUUAUGGAUUAUUCUGCCAGGACGGUGAAGUUUGCAAAGUUGAGGCUUGUGGUUAAGUGCAGGGAAGAGGAGAGGGAAGAUACGUGAUGAACCCUGCUGCGAAUGGAUGGUAACUCCUUCCACAGUCUUGAUAACCUGCUUUGGACUGCUGGCCUCUUUGUGCCCACUAGAGAAUCAUGCUUAAAAUGUUCUGACCCCUAGAGCUCCUCUGGCAUCAUUCCUGAUCAGUCUCUGACUCCUCUGCUAUCUCCUCUUCGUGUGGAGUUGCUUAUGUUUUAAUAGACUAGUCAGUCUUCACGUUGCCUGAUUUUUGAGAUAAAUACAAGAUAGGUGCUCCUUGUGCAUCGGGUUUGAAGGUUGCUUCCUAAAAUAGGGAAAUUCUAGGAAGAAGAAAAAGGCACUGAGGUAUCCUCUGUGCGUUCUCAAAAGCUGUUAAUUCAGUGACAGUCAAGCAGAUUCUCUUGCUGCGGCAUAUGCUUGUAGCCUGGUAGUAUGCCACAGUUGUGGCUGUUGUCUCUGUCAGCUCUACCGUCCUUUUUCUCUCUGCUCUGUUAAAAUCUAUUGGUCCUCCUAUAGAUCCCUUCUUCAGUGACCAACCUUCUAUAAAAGUUGUGAUUGUAAAGCUGCUUUGGCUUGAUUCAGGACCAAGCCUUUUAAUUCUUCUUUGUUUUCUUUUUCUUUGUGGUCUGUUAGGGUGGAGAUGGUUGGGAUGGUUUCUACCACCGGGUAGCAAAAGGGCUUCAGGGCUCAGUGUGUCCUUCAGAGGUUUUUGAGAGGUGUGCGUUGGCAACCACAGGUUCAAACACAGCUUAGUUACAGAACUCCAAAUAAUGCCUUAACUCGGUCAACGUAUUGCAGCUCAGCUUCUGGGGCUCACUAGAUAGCAAGACCAGCUUAGCAAAACUAUUUUUCAGUAGUAACACGAGACCCACACCAUAACACGGUUUUAAUUUGGAGCAGAGGAAGCAGUCAUUUUGCAAAGCAAUCCAUUUGAGCCUGUUGAAUGCAGCUGACUAUUGGUGAAUAUGCAAUAAGUAAAGCAGCUCCACUUCUCAGAGUCUGGCUGAAGACCUGUCCAGCUGGCACAGAAACUGGAAGAGGAGCUGAUGCCUGUCAGCUGAGCCUGGGUGAGCAGCUGGCUCUCGGAGCACCCCUUGUGACUAAAGAAUGGCCUAAGACAACCUGGAAUAGCUGCAUUUUUCAGGUACGGAUCAGUUCCCGACAUCUGCCGUUAGUCUGCAGCGCUGCACGUGGCGGGGGGGUUGUUACCAGGGCUCCUUUAUGAAGAAGAGCCUCUAUCAUCCUGUAUUAGAGGCUGCUGAUUGUCUGUCUUAAAAAAAAAAAAAAUCUUUAAUGUAUCUUCCUGCUAUGGCAGCGCUGUGUUUUGUCAGCAAGAAUACACAAGCUCUGUUUUCUGAAGAAGCGGUUAAUCUUGGUGACAGGAGAGCAUGAGAAGUUAAGCCGAGAGCUGCCUGCUGCUGGGUCACUCCUCCAGAUGAGAGGGAAAAGGGCUUGGGCCUUUUUUAGGUAGUAAUUAAAAAAAAAAAAAAAAUUUAACCUACGUAAAUACAUACAAGCCUUAACUGUUGAAAAAGUCAAAGGAAAUACAUGGGUAUGGCUUUUCAGUGAUGAGUGAGAGCUGUGAUAGUUUUUUGACUUUUUCCACAGUUGCAACACUACCCGCUAGGAUGGCCCGUGACUUUUCCCAGAUGCAGUUCUUGGGCGGCUCCUGCGGGUUUCGAGACCUUUGAGAGGCCGGCUGCUCGGCCUUGCGAGGCCACGUGUUUCGGGAGCGACUAGGUAGCCUUCUCCUUAGUUGGGCCUUUUUGGAUGCGGAGCUUUCGCUGUUGCAGACAGAUGGCAGUGGCUGCGGUUUCUUUCCCGGGGCUGUUGUAGUGUGCUGCUGGCGUGGAAGCAAGAGCACCAUCAGGGAUUUCUCACCCUCUGUCAGGCACAGGAGGAGCAGAGUGGCCAACACAUCCCAUCUGGUAUGAGAAACGGAGAAGUGGUGGAAAUUGCCACUUCUCGGUUUCCUUCCCAGUUGGUUGCCCUUGUCCUUCGGUCGGAAGCGGUGCUCACCGCUUUGGUUGUGCCAGGGACUGUAUGGUGUCCCUUCUGUCCCAGAGACCUCUGACUUCUAUCCUUCCACUCGAUUUCAUAGUCUUUUUGGAAAACGCUGCCGUUGCGAUGAGGUAACGAGUUGCACAGAGCCGGUUAUCUGCUGCUUUGUUUUCCUCUGGCACAGCAGAAUUGCUGGAGCUGUGGGUGCCUGAGGAAUUCACCUCCAAGCACUUAAAAAAAAAAACAAAAUCCAAUUGCUUUGAAAACGAUGUUGCUGAAGUGUCUCCUUACAUGCUGGGGUGCUGUGUUAGACGCUUCUUCCUCACUGACACCGCACUGGCGUAUGCCGAGCGCGUUUGGGCGAGGAAGGCACGCCGGGGAGCAGCUGUACCUGUGGGCGUAAGUGGGCUUUGCUCACCUGCACCCUGGGGAGAACUCGCUCCUUUUGCUUUGUGCACUGGAAACGUGAGAACUAGUAUUUUUGGACAAAGCAUUUCUAAGCAGUCUUAUAAGGGAUAUUUUUUUUUAAAAAAAAAAAAAAAAAGGAGCAAAAUUGAGAGCAUGUUUACUUGCCCCAGAUCAAAGGUUUUGAACACUAAGGUCACUAUCUGUUGAAUGGACCCUCCUCUGUCUUCAGGCAAUUGAAGCUCCUGCCCUCUUUCUCUACCAGUUUUACUGUAACUACUUUUUUUUUUUUUUUUUCCAGGAGAAAUAUAUAUACAAAAGUUCUAAGCAAUUAAAUGUUCAAGCCAUAAGAUCAUGAGUGUGGGAAGACCCUCUUCACAAGUUUUAACAUAUUUGUAUGUAAAAUGAUGUUUGUAUGAAAUAUUUUCAUGGUAGAAUGAAUAUUUAAAAAAAAAAAAGUUCCGGUAAGAUCUAAACCAAAUUUAAAAGGAUGUCUUUUUGUAAGAUGCAAGUGUAAUUGAUUACCAAUAAGUAGAUUUUUUUUUUUUUCUUUUAAAGGGGAGAUGCAACAAAUGAUCUUUACAAUUACAAAUGGUCAUUUCUGCUAUUUGGAAAAGUAUUUAUGCAGCAUUACACACAGCUGUCAUAAAUAAUUGCAAUAGCAAGGCCAGUCACAUCUUCAGGACAUACCUCUCAGCUUGUCCCUCCGUGAUACUGUACAAACGGACCCAUCCCUCCUUUCUGCAGAUUUCCUCCUAGACAACUUUUCCUACUGUAACUGUACUGAAUUUAACUCUUGAGCUAAGAUCCAGACUAAAAUUGUGUAUUACUUAACAGUUUCUGCUGGGCCUUCUGCUAUUUUAAUACUCUUCAGCCCAUAAUUACUGGGUGUCUCUGUUCUGAAGAACUAAGUGCUAAAGAAUAAUCCUUGGGGUAAGCUUCUACAUGUGCUAACAGUUAACCCCGGAGUAUUUAACUUGUAUACAGUACUUGAUAGGUGUUUUAUGACAUUUGUACUCGAACUAUGAGCCUUACCGAACAUCUGUAGGUUUAUUCAUGACUUUUAAAAAAUGGAUAACUCUAAGAAAGAUGUUUACAUGAAUGAUGAUUGCCCUUCCUUUGAUGUUAUGAAUGAGGUUUUUAUAGUGUGUUUGGGUGUAUGUGCAGGGAAGCAAGAAAAAUGUUUCUGGGGAAAAAUAGACUUGACAAACAUUUGUAAUAAGUGAAUUUUAAAGAUCGCUUUAAUUGCGCUAUGAAGGCAAUGCAGAUAU